GAGUAAGUGCUUUUCUUGAGAAAAAGGUUAUUCAUAUAUUACAAGAAUUACAUUUUGUUGCUUAAAUUUCAAUUGGUAUUUACUUGAACUGAUUAUCAUGUGGAAGUUAAUAAUAUUAAUAUUCUGCACGAGCGUGAGCCUUGUGGUUGCCGAGCAGGCUACUUUUAAUAAUUAUAAGGUCUUUAAAAUAAAUGCGACUACACACAUGCAAGCAAAGAAGCUUAACGAAUUGGCAAAUGUUCAUGAUGGAUUUUCCUUUUGGAUUCCACCGUUUGUGAAUAAACAAGCGGAACUUAUGGUAGCCCCACACAAGUUAUCUGAAUUCUUUGAAAUUAUGGCGCAGAUCAAAGCACCCUAUAAGGUUUUUAUUGAGAAUGUUCAGGCAUUAAUUAAUCGGGCAGUUCCCGCGAAAAUGUCGACGACGUUUGAUUUUAACAGCUAUCAUGUACUAGAAACAAUUUACAAGAACCUAGAUGACUUGGAAAAGCUUUAUCCCAAUCAAGUACAAACUAUCGUGGGCGGUAAGACGCAUGAGGGACGUCAAAUCAAAGGCGUCAAGCUUUCCUUCAAACCCAACAAUCCUGCAGUCUUUAUUGAGGGUGGUAUUCACGCCAGGGAAUGGAUCUCGACAGCAGUUGUCAUGUACAUCUUGCAUCAAUUGUUGAAAAGUAAUAACCCGGAGAUUAGAGCUCUGGCUGAGAGCAAUGAUUGGUAUAUCUUCCCAUCGUUCAAUCCCGACGGAUACGUGUACACGCACACCAAAAACCGAUUAUGGAGAAAAACACGUAAACCAUAUGGUUUGGGCUGUUUUGGUAGCGAUCCCAAUAGAAACUGGGGAUACAAAUGGAAUGAGGGAGGCUCUAGCAAUUUUCCAUGUUCCGAAACCUACGCUGGAAGCGCACCAUUCUCCGAAAUUGAGACACAGAGCAUGUCCAAAUAUAUCAGUACUAUUUCCAACAAAUUGUACGCAUAUAUCGCGUUCCAUAGUUACUCGCAACUAUUGUUGUUCCCUUAUGGUCACACAAUAGCUCAUCUUGAUAACUAUGACGAUCUGUAUAAUAUUGGAAAGAAAGCAAUUACAGCUCUUUCAAAAAGAUAUGGAACUACAUAUACAGUCGGAAAUGUUGCAGAAACAAUAUAUGUGGCAUCUGGAGGUUCUAUGGAUUGGGUCAAAGGCAAUUAUGGUACACCUAUCACCUACACUUAUGAGUUACGUGAUCAAGGUCGUUACGGAUUUUUGUUGCCACCUAAUCAAAUUAUUCCGACUGGAGAAGAGACCAUGGAUUCUCUUCUAGCCAUGUUUAAAGAAUCAAAAGCACGUGGAUAUCCCAAAAAAAUUAGAAAACAUUAAACCUAACUAAAUUUCGUACAUUAUUAUUGAUUGCAUAUUUGUAUAUUUAACGAUUUGCUAAUUUUUUUCAAUAUCUGU